GAUAUGUGGGACAGCGGCGAUGAAACUUUAAGACAGAAGAAGUAAAGUUAACAUUGCAAGUUACGUAGGGCUUCGUUAAGUAGUAUGUUGAAGAAAUACAUGACGAUGGAGCAGAAAAAGUACAUGGUGGAUUACAUGGCUGAAAAUUUGGACUUUGGCAACAACCGAUUCCAGUCGCUCAGAGGAAAGGAGCUUCAAAAACAAAAAUGGAACGGUUUAAGCACGGCAUUGAAUGCUUUUGGAGGAGCAACGAAGUCCCUCGAUCAAUGGGAACUUUCGUGGCGUGAUCUCAAACAGAAAAUCAAAACAAAAUGGUUGACUAUUCAGAACCGACAGAGCGGUGAAAACGGGUUAGUGCAAAAGAAGCGAGACGUUCUCUCGGAGCUGGAAAAGAUGGUUCUUGCUAUUAUGCAGAAAGAUACAAUAGAUUGCGACGGCAGAACUCAAGCAGGCGGAUUUAAUGAACCGUGGAUUCGGGAGAUAACACGCUGAAGAAAACGUCGAAUUGCUCGAUGAUGAGGUCGUAAACAUGCCCGCUGAUGUUAGCGAAAUGUAUGGUGGCCUGGUUGAGAUUUCAUCAAACACCGUACCUUCAAGAACAUCGGAUGCAGUAGAGUAUAACGAUCCUGCUUUAGAUCCUACGACCAUCCACGAAACAUCAUCUCGCCACAGAGGAACUGCCACUUCUUCGAGAGGAAGACAACUCGGCAGAGGCCAACGAUAUAAAGAUACCGGAAUGCAAAAUAUGGAAUGUCAAUUUUUUCAAUGUCUUGAGAAUAUGCAAAACGAUAAAAAGGAACAUAUGAAACGGAAACUCGAACUACAAGAGAAAAAGCUGGAAAUUUAAGAGCGAAAGCUUGAUAUCAAGCAACAAAA